CCGUGUCACGUGAGGGGGGCGCGUGGUGGCGUCAGCUGAGGCGGAGUGCCGCGGCUGCAGGCGGCCGCCAUGGACCAGGCCGGGAAGGAGAAAGAGGCCCUGCAGCUCCUGGCCGAGGCCAACAAGAAGGUCCGCGGCUCCCAGUCUUUCUUCGCUGGCCUCUUCGGGGGCUCCUCCAGGAUAGAGGAAGCAUGCGACAUCUACGCCCGAGCAGCAAACAUGUUCAAAAUGGCCAAAAACUGGAGCGCCGCAGGGAAUGCCUUUUGCCAGGCAGCACAGCUCCACCUGCAGCUGCAGAGCAAGCACGACGCAGCCACCAACUUUGUGGAUGCGGGCAAUUCCUUCAAGAAAGCUGACCCACAAGAGGCCAUUAACUGUUUGAUCAGAGCUAUCGAGAUCUACACAGAUGUGGGCCGGUUCACCAUCGCUGCGAAGCACCACAUAUCAAUAGCGGAAAUCUAUGAGAUGGAGCUGGUGGACAUCGAAAAGGCGAUAGCCCACUAUGAGCAGGCUGCAGAUUACUACAAAGGGGAAGAGUCCAACAGCUCUGCCAACAAGUGCUUGCUGAAAGUGGCCACUUAUGCGGCCCAGCUGGAGCAGUACCAGAAAGCCGUGGAGAUCUAUGAGCAGGUGGGCACCAGCGCGAUGGACAGUCCCCUGCUGAAGUACAGUGCCAAGGAGUAUUUCUUCAAGGCGGCCCUCUGCCACUUCUGCAUCGACAUGCUCAAUGCAAAGCUGGCUGUGCAAAAGUACGAAGAGAUGUUUCCAGCAUUUACAGACUCCAGGGAGUGCAAACUGGUCAAGAAAUUGCUGGAUGCUCACGAGGAACAGAACAUCGACGGCUACACUGAUGCGGUGAAGGAAUAUGACUCCAUCUCCCGGCUGGACCAGUGGCUCACCACUAUGCUGCUCCGCAUCAAGAAAACCAUCCAGGGCGAGGAGGAGGACUUGCGCUAGACAGCUACCCCCCACUUUUGUCGACACCCCCCCCCUUCCCCUUUUCUGGAGCCAUUCCUUUUCUGGAGCUGCUCCCCCAACUUGUACAUGGACCCCUCUUCAGAUAUUUAAUGGUGUAAUAUAUUCCCUGGGAGCCUGGGUUUGGAGCUCUCCCCCUCUGCCCUCCCUUUGCUUCAGGGGUCCCUGUUCUCCCUGGGGGCUGCGGGUGUCCCCCGCCCCCGGGAGAGGUGAGAAGGAGGAGGAAGGGCAGGGGCUGCUGUAUGCGAUGGUAUCGAUGGUGGGGCUCGGCUGGCUGUACUGCAUCCUCGCAAAUAAAAACGUUGCAUGAGUGGA